AUGGUUUCAUCAAGCCAACAACAACAAUCCCAACAACAACAAUUCCAACAACAACAUCAACAGCAACAGCAACCGUCACAACAACAGCAACAGCAACCACCACAGCAACAACAGCAUCAACAAUUACCGCAACAGCAAUCUCAACAGAUCCAACAAUUUCAACAGCAACAACAGCAAAGACAACUCCAAUACCAAUUGCAGCAAUUUGGCAGAUAUUAUAUUCAAGAAUACUGCCAACCUCAAUUAGUGAGUGAAAAACUUAAGUUUCCAAAAUACUAUCAUCAAUUCAAAAUCAAAAAUAGGCAACAUAAGGGAUUCGAAGAAUGUGCCAAAGAAGAUGACGAUGACGAUGAUGAUGUUGCUAUUGACAAUCAUGCCGGAAAGAAGCAAAAACUUUAA